AUGAAAACGAACACUAAGUCAUUGUCUUCCCAGAGCUUCAAAUGGGGGCCUCCUCUGGGGACCUCGACCCGCGACCCCCCCCUCCCUGCAUACCUGCGGGAUCCGAGUUACUUUGAGACCCCCACCAAAGACCCCCAGGGGGCUGAGCUUCACGAGAUCCCCACCAAGGACACGGACACACCCCCGACCACCACCCCCCCUGUUGUUCAGAGCCACGCCUCCUUCACCAUCGAGUUCGAUGCACCUGGCACCAUGAAGAUCAAAGACCACGUCACUAAGUUCUCCACCCGCCACCGCAAGCUGCAGGCCCCGCCCCCAGCCACGCCAACAGACGUGAUGUCAGCAGAGAGCAAGGUUGCUGAUUGGCUGGUGCACAGUGAUGUAAGCAUGAUGAGAAGACGGCCCACCUGUGAGGACGUAUACAGCACUAAGAGCGACCUGGCCGUCAACACCAAGACCCUCAGAGGACACCAUCACGAGGACGGGACCCAGAGUGACUCUGAGGACCCCGGGAUUGAAGAGAGGCGGAGCCAGUCCCACCACUCGGUCCAAUCAGAGCAGAUGCUCCCCAAGACCCCGCAGUCCAACCCCCCCCGGCGAGUGGCCACCGAGCGGCCGCUGUCCCAGAGUCCUCCUCUGUCCCCCACCACAGACACACCCAAGCAGGGGCCCCUCGAGCAUCUCCCCCAACAGGCCUUCAUCAUUGAGUUCUUCGAUGACAACCCGCGCAAGAAGCGCUCGCAGUCCUUCACUCACAGCCCCGCCCCCGAGUCCUGCUGCGCCCUGAAGGCCAAGCUGGAGCGCCGGAGAGGCGAGAGGCCAGCGUCUGUCCAUAUCCCCCCCACCCAGCAGGGCACGGUCCCCCUGAGGGGUCCGUGCCCCGGCGGCCCCCAGAGGUCCAGCUCUCUGAAGAGGGAGAAGACAGAGGUGGAAGCUCCCUCCCCCCGGCCUUCCUCGGGUCUCAGGCCCUUCGGCAGCGUCGGGAAGAAGUCCAAACUCGCCCAGGAGUUCGCUGCCGAGUUCCUGAUGGAUGCUCCCCCAACCAGAGAUAAGAUGUCCCCUCCCCCGAUGUCUGCCCCGCCGGUGAUGGUGACGCCUCCUCACCUGGGAAUUCCCUCCCCCCAAGACCCCCCUGUCCUUUCCUCUGUCUUUCAGCCCCCCACCCCUCCACAGCCUCCAUUAAGGUGCCUGGCCCCCACCUCUGGGCCCCCCAUGCCGCUCCUGGGCAUCCGAGCAGGAGACCCCACAGCCUCUCAGAGGAUGAUGAGGAGCGAGGAGGACGACAGCCUGAGCGACGCUGGGACUUACACCAUCGAGACGGAGUCGCAGGACCGGGAGGUGGAGGAGGCGCGGAACAUGAUUGACCAGGUGUUUGGUGUCCUGGACUCUCCAGAGUACAGUGGUGUGAACGCAGGAGUGUAUAGACCACCUGUAAUAAAUGAUGGCAAGGAUGAUAGCGAUGGUAGCACUGUGGACCCGUUGCAUGGCUUUAUCCCAGCUGCUAUCAGCGGCCCCCCAACAGGCCCCCCCAUGCAGGUUUCCCUUGCUCCUGCAGCCGGUCUGGAAGGACCCAAAUGGGUUUCCCGUUGGGCCAGCCUGGCAGACAGCACUGUUGAACCCGGUUCCACUACACCUCAAGGCGAUUGUUUGGAAGACCUGCGCACCACGAGCCGGUCUACUGGACCUUACAGCUACGAUAACUCUGAGUCGGAGUCCAGCCACAGCUCCAGGACCCGAAGGCUGCUGCCCCAGGUUCCACCAGAAAAACUGGAUAGUGUCCCUCCGACUAUCCUGAUUCGCCAUGAACCUUACCAAGGUCAGGAACCCCUGGAGAAGGACAAUGUGUCAGGUCCUUCCCGCACACAGGACUCCACCCAGCGCCUGGCGGUUCAGGAUGAUGUGGACCCUGACAGCCUGAGUGACGCCAGCCGCUCAGAUGACUGGCCUGUUCUUGAGGGAACCAAGAAGAAUCAGACCAAGAUGGGAACUUUGUCUCCAGCCAGUCCUCCCACAACCAAAUCCACCUCCUUCUACAUUGGUUCUGGAGACAGCCCAGGCAAACCCGACCAGGCCCAAUACCCAGUAAAGCCCACCCCUACCACCGUCCUGAUCCGACACCUGAGUGGACACGAACCCAAGAGGACGGGUGUCAAACCCAACAGCUCUGCUCCAAACCUCCAAAUGCAGGACUCGGUCCCCACCAGAGACAGCGGAGUGUCCUCCAUGGUCCGGCAGGAGAGCUUCACCAAAGAGCAGCCAAGCGACACAGUUCAGACCAAGAGGCUCCCCCACAUCUCAAGCCAGCCCUCCAUCAGAGACUUGGAGCAGCGGAGGGAGAACAUCCAGGACUCGCAGUCCUUCCUGCAGGUGACCGAUGGAACCCUGUCCCCUCUGGAAUCAAAGUUCCCCUCGUCCGGCUCGGCUCGCAGCUCCAAGAAAGGAGGCUCCUCAACCCACAUGGACGACUCCCUUUCCGGGGAGUCGGACGUGGACACAGCGAGCACAGUGAGCCAGGUGAGCAGCAAAAACGUUCUGGUCGGCUCCGCCCCCAAAAAGCGUCCUGCCAUUAGCAGCGUCCAGAAGGACAGGUCCACCUCCGGCCUGUCCGUCCAACACAAGGGACGGCAACUCUCUGCCCGCGAACGGCUUUCUGAGAAACGCAGGAACCAGACGACGUCAGAACCAUCGAGCAAGGCUGAGCCAGCAAAGAGGUUCCAGAUGCGCCGCAGUACGGGAAACCGCGGCUCUCUGGAUCUGUCCGAGGGUCAGCAGGUCCCACACUGGACCGAAACAACUUCUUCUGAUCAUGAAGUCUCCCACCCAUCCAGCCGCAGUAAGAAACUCCUCGGCCCUCCUCAGAAAGAAGACACCGUAAAGACGUCCAAGGUGGCAACUCAGCAGGUUCUGAUGCGGUCCAACAGCCUGUCAGCACCACGGCCGACCCGAGCCUCCAUGCUCCGCCGGGCCCGCCUGGGUGAUACUUCAGACAAUGAAGGUACCGAGACCGACCGGGCAUCCCAGAACUCUGACAAUAUCACGGCACCAAACAAAACAACCGCAGAGGGGAAGAAACUGUCCAGGCUGGACAUCUUAGCGAUGCCGAGAAAGAGGACUGGUUCCUUCACAACUCCCAGCGACAACGAGACGUCCUCCACGGGUCGGGCCGGGACUCGUAACUCCGAGUCCGUCCUCAGCAGCAGGAAGACGUCUGUGGGUGAAGCCCGGCCGGCAGCGAGCAGGGGGGUCGGAGCUUCGGGGAAACAGCCGCUUACCCGUACCCGGUCCAGCGGAGCCAAGUACUCUGGUUCCCGUCGCAGACAGAAGGGCUCGGACUUCUCCUCGUCCUCUGAGGAGGAAGAAUACUUGACUAGUGCCAUGAAUCCCCAGUCCAAACGCCCCCCCACUUCCUCCCAGACGCCACGCCAACGGACCGCCACCAUGCGAUCCAAGUCCGUGUCCCUGGAGACGGAGGAAGACGAGAGCGAGGUGGACCCCUACCAGAACUGGUCCACGCACAGCGCAGAGAUCGCCAAACUCAGUCAGGACCUGGCCAAAGACCUAGCCAUCCUGGCAAAGGAAAUCCACGACGUCGCUGGGGACGGAGACUCGCCCAGCUCCAGCAUCGGCACUGUCACCUCCCCCAGCUCGCUGCCCAACACGCCGGCUUCCACCAUCUCUGCCAGGGAAGAGCUGGUCCAACAUAUCCCAGAAGCCAGUUUAAACUACCAGAAGGUUCCUCCAGGUUCUGCUGAUGUCCCGGACCUGGACGCUAACAUGAAUGAGCCUGAGCCCGGUUCAAAGCUGCGCCGUCCGUGGAACCGCGAAGAGGUGCUGCUGGAUAACCUGAUGCUGAACCCGGUCUCCCAGCUGUCCCUCGCCAUCCGGGAAAACACAGAGCAGCUGGCAGAGAAAAUGAAGGUUCUGUUCCAGAACAAGGCGGAGGUCUGGGAGGAGAUCGAGGCCAAGAUCAAUGCUGAGAAUGAAGUCCCCGUCCUGAAGACCUCCAACAAGGAAAUCACCUCCAUCCUCCGAGAGCUGCGCAGAGUCCAGAGGCAGCUCCAAGUGAUCAACACCAUCGUGGAGCCGGGGGGGGGUCUCCCGCCCGGGGGGGGUCCCGGCCCUGCCACCGAGGGGCCACCGGCUCAGACCCGGCCGUCCUCCAGGGAGAAGAAACCGUCCACCAAACCCCGUGCCGCCCCCCCCACUGCCAACGCCAACGCUAGCAGGAGGACCCCCCACAUGUAGCCCCCCUACCCCCUCAUGAGGGAGGGGGGGGGUCAUUACAGUUCUGUCUAUGAUCAAAGGAGUCCCACAAAGCAUUGCACCCCAAUCCCAUAAUACCCAGCAUACUUCACACAUGAGAGCAACCAAUCCGGUGCUUUCUGACAGCAGAACAGGCCCUGAACACAACCUCUACUUCCUGUGGGCAGUGCAUUGUGGGACAUGUGCAUCAGCAGCACCGUGUGAGGCCAUUAGACCCCCACCCAGCAUAUCAUUGAAGUAACCGCCGGUUCAUAUUAUCCAUCCACUCUGUCCGAGCUAACCGCGUUAGCAUCGCGCGGCCGAGCCUUCUGCCCGUGCUCAGGACACAUGUAUCGUCAGAGUUCAUGAAUGUUCCUUUGCUAUGAUCGUGGCUGAAUGUCUGUCGGGUCCUUGAACGCACCGCCGGCUUGAAUGAAUCCGGACAGCUGAACGUAGAGUCCGGGACAAAAAGGAGUGAGCGGUGCGUUCAGGUGCUCCUGUGAUGCACUUCUGACUGUGGUGUGUUCAUGAGCUUUAAGUUUUAAUGUUGAAACAUGGACGCUGAGAGAAGGCGACGUUAUUAGUUGUUAAAUUUUACUAGAUUACAUUUGAACACAUCAUCAUAACGUUAAAUGAAGUAUUUGUUUUUACUAAAUAGAGCUUGAAUGCAUCAUAAUGUAACUGAAUGCAACCUCCAUUAAUGUAAGCCGUUAGCGCCGUGAACGUUAGCUGUUAGCUCUGUUAUUAGGCCAAACAGACAAACUGUCCCCUGGCUGCUAACAGAAUGGCUAACAACUAACGGCUAAUGCUAACUAGCUCUGCUCCUGGUCAUUUGUUGUUCACAGAGUAGCAUUAUCAGGAAAUCUACAGAAACACGUAUGCAGAGUUAUGCAGUAAAAGACUUUCAACUUGUCUGACAGAAGAUGUACGGAGGAUAUACAAUGUGUGUGUGUGUGUGUGUGUGUGUGUGUGUGUGUGUGCGCGCGCGCGCGCGUGUGCACGCAGUAAAGCUGUAAGUAUGAAAUAUUUAGAUCAGUCCUCCUGUUCUUCUUCUUCUUCACAUGUUUCAGGGAUCAGUGUCAUCACGGUUAGUCUAGCUUAGCACAAAGACUGGGAGCGGAGGGAAUCUGCUAGCCUAGCGUUCCUGAUGUCUGUGUGAAGCAAGAAGAUGGACGACGUGAGGAUUCCUUUGAACUGCUGCUGUAAAGACUUUUAUUUUGUAAGGUGCAUGUUUCCUGUAUAGCUUGGGGCUAGUUCACCAAAUGUGCACUUUUUUUAUUUGACAAACACCUCAGCUGAGAAUAUUGGGCUUUUAUUUUGGCGGUGUUCUUGCUCUGCAGCCAAUGAGAAUGUAUGGCCCGGUCACCUGACAGGCGAUUGGUCCCUGUGUUUCAGUGCAUGUGAUCAUGUAUUUAUUGAUGUGUUCAUCAUCAUCAGCAUUUCUUUGUGUCAUUUGUAAUAAACUGGUGUUAUGCUGGUGACCCGUCUCUCCUCCUGGCACUGAAUGGUGUUGGUUGUUGGUGGUUGUGCCGCGCGGCCUCAUGGGAGUUGUUCAGUGUUGCUGGUUCAGCAGGUUUUCACUCUCUCCCUCCUCUCCGAAAUAGUUAUGAAUACGAAACAUUCAUAAAUGUAUGAAAGGGUAAAAACAAUGAACAAAGUUUCAUGUUUCCCUGCACGCUGUUCGUCCAGCGCUGACACACAACGCCGCCGCCACUCCGAGGUCACAUGACGCGGGAAAUGAGAACACUUGAAUCUGUUUUUUUAAAUCAUAAAAAAUAGAAAAAACCUGAAAGAAAACAAUGUUUAUGAAAAAUUAAUAUAUAAUUAAUGAUAACUCAAAUCUAAUGAGCAAGUGGGAUUCAACACUGCAGCCCCCCCACACUGGCUCCUCCCAUCUGAUGGUGUUGGGAGUAAGGGGCCUCCAGUAUCGUUAUGUAACAGUGAUAGCAGAGUUAUAACAUUAUGUAACUCCUGUAUUGUAGUUAAAAUAAUUACUCAUUCAUUUGGCUGUUACA